ACUGACGGGGAAAAGGAAUGAGCGAACGAGAGACAGAAUCGAUUGAGUGGUAUCGAGUAAGAAAGAGAUGACAUAGAUCACGGCCAAGUAUGCUAGUGCACUGCCUCCUUUCUGGCUCGGCGCGGGGUUCAACGAUGCAUUAGGUCGAAAAAAAAAAAAAAAAAAAAAGGAUAGGAUCGGAACUGUAUCGUGAAAAAGAAGGGGCCUCGGUGUCGCAACGAGGGAUUGAGCUGAACGAAGAAAGGAGUGACGGAGGAAGUGAGAAAGGAAGAGAGAGAGACUCGUAUGAGAGAGAAAGGAUCGCGUUGAAAGAGGAUCGAAGAAAAGCACGGAGACUGCGUGAGAGCGGGAAAAGCGUAGCUGUUGGGGGCGGCAGCGGAAAAGCGAUGGAACGAGGGUGGCAGAGAGACAGAGAGGGGGAGGGGAUCGGACAGAGACAGAAGACGGAGGGUUCGUUUGCCGAGCUCAGUUACACCGCGCCCCUUGCGAUGAGCGUUACACUACACGGGUGAGAUCGUUGUGUCUUCCCGAGAAAGAGAGAGAUCACUUUUCUCUCUUUCAUUAUAGCUUUCCUCCUUUUUUUCGCGAUGGUGAAAAUAGCGUAAGCGGAUGCGAGGAAAAGUUAGGGAAAAAAUUUGCCUAAGAAAACAGAUAGCAUGUUGGAGAGAUGUGCACGUGUCUCUCUAUCGAAGAAUUAACACUCGACGUUAUCAAUGCUCGCGAUGGUGUCAUUAUCUAAAAUCUCACCGUCGAUCAAGAACGUUGGAUGUGAUUUAUUGAGUCACGAAUGAAUAUUUAAAAAAAAGGAAACAUAAAAAAUUGUGAGGCACAGCUGGUCUUCACGCGUGGAAAAGUGUUUAUUAUGAGAGCGAACUAUUCGGGAAACGACGCGACAUACACGUACAUUGAUGGAUUAUAUUUUUUCGGAUUUAUGUAUAAUACAAAUAAUGUGAUUUCUAAUUAAUCGGAUAGUGAUGGAGUGACGCCCAUAUUUGUUUGUUCGAGAAACAUUCAUUGAUAUCUUAAUCAAAAUAAUUCGAUUAUAUAAAUUAUCAUAAAUCGUCAUUUACAAAAAGAGACUUGGACACCUACUUGUUCGGAUUUGAAGCUGAUUGAAAUUAUCGAGACCGGAAGAAUGCUCGCAAUGAUGUAGAAGCGCGGUGUGGCAAAGUUUUAAUAGAUAAAAUACUUUCGGAAGAAAAUAUGAACAUGAUUGAGUGAUCGAUACGUGAUUUCGUUUAAAAAGUUUGCCGGUUGCGAAUAGGAAGGUACGAAGUAGCCGAAACUUUCAGAAACUUUCACAACUCUUCAUUGGUCAUUUAAAUUUGAAUCGGAUGAAGCAAAAUUAAAGAGCAGUUCAAUCUUCAGAUCAACUGUCAAAGUUCAAUGGAGCACGAGAUGUUACAUUUCAUCGCGCAAGGAUCUUGAAGGACGUCACAGGCAAGCUCCACAGCAUCCAGGAUGCAAUGACAACAAUGUCGAGGCCGUGGUACAUGGGCCGCAGCAGCGGGAACAGAUAAGGCAGCGAGCAGUCAUGUGUAAUGUCAUGUGGCUCCUUCGGCUCCUGACGAUCUACCGCCUGGCUCAUCUCUCAGCAUCCGGUACGCACACAGAAUUGCCUCUGGCGACCGACUCGAUUUCUACGAAAUCGACGACGGCGGCGAAGCGAUCUGUGCCGACGGAUGCACCAAUGCUGAAUUACAUCUUCGACACGCACAGCACCCUUAAUAAGCAUCAGCAUCAUCACGAUCACAAAUGGGGCCCACACUUCGAAGGCGAGAGCUCCAAUAUUACGGUGCAGGCCGGCGCCAGUGUCACUUUCGACUGUAGGAUAUCGUUGCUGCAAGACAAAACGGUAUCCUGGGUGCGACGGCAGGAGAGUGGCGAGAAGAUGAGUCUGCUGACAGUGGGCCAGCAAACGUAUACGGGCGAUUCGAGGUACACCAUCGAGUUUCAGUAUCCAGACAACUGGCGUCUGCGAAUCAAGCGUGUUAACAGCAGCGACGAGGGCCAGUACGAGUGUCAGAUCAGCACCCAUCCACCUAAGUUCAUUUAUGUUAACCUACACAUUAACGCACCGUCCGUCCAAAUAGUGGACGCCCUGGGCGAACCAUUGCGGGACAAGUACUACGAGGCUGAUAGCACUAUCGAACUACAAUGCGUCGUGCGUCAUAUAGCGAUGCAAGUGCAAUACAGCGUCGUCCAGUGGCUUCACGGCAACAGAGUCUUGAACUACGACACGACAAGGGGCGGCAUCAGCGUAAAAACGGAUCUGAUGGAGGAGGGGGCCAAUUCGACUCUCAGUAUAGCUAAGGUCGGACCUACGGAUAGCGGAAAUUACACGUGCCAGCUUACUACCCUGCCGGACCAACCUGCGACGGUUCACGUGCAUGUUCUAAACGGAGAAAGUUUAGCCGAGCUACAUCAUAGCGGCGCACGAACGGAUGCCGUUAGCUCGUCGUUAUUCUUCCUGGCCGUCGCUAUUCUUCUCGCCCGAUCAAGUCAGGUGCUUAGAUGAAGGCUUGACGAGCUCCCACGCGGGGGGAAACCUCGCGAGAACCUCGAGCUGCUGAGAAGCACUCCGUGACAAUGACAAAGAGAGACAAUGCUCCACGGCGCCAAAAGCAAAGUUUCGCGAACUUUUUUAUCGUCGUGACAGAAGGGUGGAGGAGAAAGGGUGGGCCAAAGAGAACAAGGGGAGAGAGAGAAAGUGUGUUACUCGUUUAACAUAUUGUGCACCGACAUAAGAGAAACGGAGAUAGUUGGCUGCGUUGUAUCUCUCAAAACGUCUUAUUCUAAACGUAUAUAGAUCGCAUGGCAUUCGAGAUGCGCGCGUGUCUGUAUCGCAAGAGAACACUACCUUCGUCAAUUCCCAGCGCGAUUCUAUUCGAACGAUUCUAUUCGAGAUUUAAUCAAAGGAUAGACAUCUCAGUGAAGGACCGGUUAGGAUAUCUUCUUAACGAGUGGUUGAUUUGCAAUUAAUUAGAAUUAAUUAGAAUUAUACGCUCGCACGUUUCUAGAAGGAGAUAUUAUAUUACUUUACUAUUAUAUUACUUUAUAUAUUAUUACAUUCAACGUGAUUAUGUAUUUAAUUAUCAUUUAUUAGCGAUACAUUAUUCACUAAAGCGUCUAUCCUAAUUUUACCGGCUCGGAUUCGCUCCGAUUUCCGCGUCUGCCUGCAAAGUUCCACCAAGCUUAAACGUUUCUGUAAUGUAACACCACAGGAUGCUUGCGAACCAACUUGAUUAACCGCAAGGAUAACAAGCAAGCUGCCGAGCAGAUGUAUCCUCAUUAAGCAAAUUAUCAGGUCACUGUAAAACGGUACUGCAACACAAUUAUAUUGAUCAUGCUGUUUAGCACGCGUUAAUUACACGAUAUUAACAUCCCGCCAAGUUAUCCUAACGCGAUCGACUAGAAAUGGUCAAAGUUAUCGCAAAAUCAUAAAUCUGUGCAUCGAAUAACCAAUAACCGGUAAACAAUAAAGGUCCGCGCCGUAAACUGCUAAUCGAGCUAUUGGAGUGGCUGAUAUCGCGUAUCACAAUGGCUGUGAUAAUCGAGACAAAUUGUUCGGUGUUUGAUUCGGCCCCAUUUAUCACUAUUCACGUCAUCGUAUUUCAAAAUUUCGUGCAUUCAUCGAGCCGUUACUAGCGCGGGAAGAAUUAAAAUGAAGAUUUUCGCGUACAACUCGCAAAUUUUUCAAUUAACAAGCUUUCAUCAUUUUACGUAACAUUAUUUUAUUAUUGAUAAUCUAUAAGCAGCAAAAUUCUCGCCCAGAGUCCAUCGAAAGGCUAUCGCCUAUUGGUAAGGGGAUUGCUCGAUUAUUCCGAUCAGCUCGCAAAUUAACGGAUAAUUACAAUAAUGAUAUAUCGCGCAUAUAUAUUGUUAUAAAGUUAGUUUAAUCUACGAUUAUUUUUAAUGAAAAAAUGCCAAGAAAAAUGUUUGGAUUAAAGCCAUUGAAUUAUAAUAAAGUUAUUGAAUUGACUAUAACUGUUCAUUGAGAUAUCAAUUAUGUUUUUUUAUCACAAAGUAUUAAUAUUGUACAUUCGUAUCAAUUUUGUUCGCGUCAAGAUACGUUCGAAUGUUGUCUUGUAGCCCGUAACAUAUGCGAAAACAAACAAUUACAACAACAAUUACAUACAGCAAAAAUAUUAAUUUGUGCCUCGUAUUAUAUCGCACAAAAAAAGGGUAACACGCUUGAAGACGUCAUUUGAAUGUAUAUUGUAUGGGCAGAUGAAGGUAUACCUGUCUUUCAUGCAGCCAACCAAAUCUCCAUGCCGUGCCGAGAAAAAGGAAAAGAGAGAGAGGAAAUGUGUGCGAGAGAGAGAAAGAGAUAAUGCGCUAUAAUAUAUAAAUUUAAA